GAUUCUAGAGAUCAUGCUUGGAACUUGGAAGUGGAAUUAUGGCAUGAUCUUGCUUAUGUCUAUAUAUCUCUGUCAUGUUGGCAUGAUGCAGAGAUGUGUCUUUCUAGAUCUAAAGCCAUAAAACCAUACACUGCAUCAAGGUUGCAUGCACUGGGUACAAUGCACGAGGCAAAGGGCCUUUACAAGGAGGCUCUAAAAGCAUUUCGAGAUGCUUUGGAUAUCGAUUCGGGACAUGUCCCUAGCUUGAUAUCCGCUGCUGUGGUUCUUAGACAGUUCAAUGGUCAGUCAAAUGCUGCCAUCAGAAGCUUUCUGAUGGACGCACUACGGCAUGACAGGAUGAACGCUUCUGCAUGGUACAAUCUUGGCAUUCUUCACAAGGCCGAGAAUAAAAUAUCAGAAGCUGCAGAAUGUUUUGAGGCAGCAAACUCCCUAGAAGAAUCAGCACCAGUUGAACCAUUCAGAUGACAGGGUCUCCAAGCACUUCUUAACGUCCAGUCAAAAUAUUUUUGUGGUGUUCAUUUCGUGCGUCAUGCAUCAUGCGUGGUUUAUAUUUUUAAUAAUAAUGAGGUGAUUCGUUCAUUUACCCUAUCACCUUUGAAUUUUAGUGUAACCUUCACUCUAACAUCCAAAUUAUUUAUUUGUUAUCAUUUGAUUAGUCCUUGUCCUGUCCAUAGCUCAUGAAUUUGUGUUCAAAUAUUAAAUAAAACUUGUUUGUAAAUAGACCUUAAUAGAGUCAUUGACAUAAAGCAUGAAAAGUAUUGCCCCCUUUCACUC